CAUCGUCCAUGUAGCUCACGAUGAAGUUCGUUGGAAUAAUAUUUUGCGUUUUGCUUUUUUGCUCUAAAAUUGUCGAUUCGAAGCCUCAAUCCGAGGUACAAAUCAGGCAAAGAGCUUUCCAAUCUUCAAACUGGCCUAUAAAUAAAAAUGUUGCAAAUGAAGAAUAUUCUGAUACGGAUUUCGCUCAAACUCAAAAUGGGGACCGCUUGAUAAAUCCGACACUUCAAGAUACAAAUGAAAAUGCCCGCAAUUACUAUCCAAAUCAAGCAAGAUAUGCCAAUGAAUUUAGGUACAACAAAGGACCCAUUCUAUCACAAAGAGGAGAGGUGGUAGGAAAUGAUGAUUCUUCUGAAGAUGGACGUAUUUUGGAAUCUUAUCCUUCAAGGUUUCCUAUUAGAGAACCACAAGUUCACUUGGAUGACCAACAUAAAAUAAAUUGGCAAUCUCCUAAUCAAUACGCCAGGUCUCAGGUUGUUAUAUCUGAAAAUGAAAGACCUUUGGAGACUAUGGAAGAACCAUAUCGUCCAUUACAAUAUGUGAAACCAAAAUAUGUUCCACCUGUAAAUCAACGAUUCCGUCAACCAAACAGGUCAUUUCCGGUUAGAGAACAACACCAAUAUCCAAUAACAAGAAAUACUGAUGAUACACAAUAUGUGGCAAAUCCUGCACCUCAAUAUCCAUUAAGAGGGUCUGUUACUUACGAAAAUUUCAGCCAAGAUCAAGACACACCCCUUGAAACAAGAGCAAGAGUACAAAACACCCAACAAAAAUACUUGCAAAAUCCUGUUAUGAUAUCACAAUCGAGAAUAGCUCAAAAUGCAGCCCGUGAGAAUACUGGUUAUGUUGAAAAUGACAGAUUUAAUGCAGAUAAUAAUGCUGCACCGAUAUCAAACUUCAAUAACAAACCUAGUGAAAUAUCUGUUGUGGGAAAUUACGAUACGGGAGCUAUUAAUCUUACUCCUGUGAACGAAGAAAGAGAAGCUCCUAUUGAAGUAAAUAAAGGUCCACUACAUAGGCCUCAGAUCCAGAGACAUACUGUUAAUUUCAGGCCAAACUCCCAAUCUCACUGGAGUAAUGUUGCACGUCAUCAAGCAUACAACGUCGCACCUGCCCCAACUAAUUAUGAAACAGAUUUUGAUUUGAAUAAUUCUGGUCCUAUUAAUGGUAAUUCUGAGUCUCCUUCCGUUUCUAUAAUCCAACGUCCGGUAAGUUCUGAAAAUGAAGGUGAACCCAGAAGACCGAAUACUGAUAAUGUGCAUCCAGAUAUAAAUUUGUAUCGGCAGUUGACUUCAGGAGUACAAAAAUAUGAUUUUAAUAAAAUUGUGAGUAACCCUCAAGUGAAAAAUAUUUUAGCCGCUAAUAAAAAACGUUUCAUAGUUUUUCACCCAAAUGGAACUAUUGAAAAUUUGGAUAAUCUUGAUUUAGAAUCACAGCCAAGUUCUAAGUUCCAUUUUGUACACACAAAUCCGAAAAAUGUCGAUUCUGUUGUAACAAAAACUGAAGAAAUUAACGAAACUCCAGUUCCACCACGUGCCCCAGCAACUAUCGACAAAUUACCUGUACACGAGUACAGAGAACCUGCUGAUCUAAAUCCAAAAGUUAUUGACACCGACACUAAACCUUUACCUUUGUAUGCAUCUGUACCAGUUGAAGAAACUAAUUUAAAGGCCUAUGCCCCUCUACGAGCUGAUGAGAGUCAUUCAGCACCACCACUACCACCACCAUCACCUCGAUUUGUAGCUGUACCAGAAGAUGAUAAAUUAAAGAUAUCGCAUAUACCUGAAUCUGCGAACGAUGAAGAAACUUCAAAACCUGUUCCUCCUAAUGAAACUCAACCAUUUAAUGAUAAUGCCAAACCCCAAUCCGAAGAACCAGCUCAACCAAUAAAUCAAAAUCAGUUCGUACACCCGUACCGUCCAUUACCUCCUUACGCAAGAAGACCAAUAUUAAGGCCUCCAUACAAACCUCUGCCACCAUAUGCAAGAAAUAAGUUGCAGCCACUCAUCCCACAACGUGACCAAUCAGUAAAUGAUGAAAAAUUAAACCCUGUAGUUGAAAAUGAUGAGCAGCCACGUGAAAACCUUUCAGAAGUGGAAAAAGAUAGUACUAUGCCAUUGAACCCCAAGCCGAUAAAUUCGGUAGAAAAUCCACAAACUCCAGAUAUUGAAACCGAGCCACAGCCAGAUGGUGAUAAUCCAGCGGGUAAUGAGAGACCAAACCUUUCAAAGCCACAAGAAAAGGUGGUAGCAUAUGAUGGAGAUUUUCAACCAUUAGAAGAUGAUUCAAUAUCUACGACUCCAAGUGAUGAUAUCAGUUCUACAACAUUAUCACCUAAUGUGCCUGAAAAUAACUUACCCAAAAAAAGAAUAAAUUUGACUCAUAGGCACCCUACGAAAAGUACACCGGCUACUACAACAUCCAAUCCGGACAAAAACCAAGAAGACGAAAUAAUAACAAUAUCACCAAUUGAGUUAAUUACUGAAAAUGUCAGUGACGUUCCACCAACUACGCCCAGUCCAGUUAAGCAACUUGAUCCAGAAGAUAGCAAGAAAGAUAAUGAGCAAACUUCUACAACUUCAAUCCCCACCAAAGAUGAUAAAGAAAAAACAACUACAGAGUCGCCAAUCAGUACAACUGUGCCUUCUGAUAACGUAGAUGACGAUGAAGCCGAAACUAAUCAACCUACUACAGAUGCAGAUACCCCCGGUGAAGAUGCAAAAAUAGUGGUUAGUGUCGAUUCAGACGACGAUGACGAAGAUGAGCCUCAAGUUUUUAAAACUAACUGUAAAACCAUACAAGCCUAUAGCGAUGACGAAGAUGACGGCGAGGUCAAAAUUGAUCUACCUAAAGGUAAAGGUAAAGGAGAUUCAGCUAUGUGGGUGAAAACUACUAAUCAAGAUUUUAUCGACAUAUUGACCGGUAAUGGUGACAACGAUAUGGACAUGAUAUACGUGUUCAACAUUGACUACCGACCCAUCAUAGAAAGAGAGAAGCACACACAGAUGUUCUCUAAUGGAACCGUUGUUGUAACCACAAAGGAAAUCACAUAUUCAGGCAAAAAUGAUUCUAAACCCAAGAUUGUGACAUCGACUAAAACCAUGCAAAUUGAAGAUUAUGAUUCAGAUGAAGAUUAGUUUCGGAAAUCUUAAUUUGAAUAAUAGCAUAGCUUAUUUUGUAAUAUUUUUUUUUGUUUACAUUGUGACCUUAAUAAACUAUAGAGUUUG